CCUUGCUUCCGUCGUCGUAAACAGCGGCCCGAAAUGGAAUGACAAAACAGGGUCGCGUAUCCCUGUCCCCUGUUCGACUAAGCGCCGAUCUGAUGCCGCCGGCACUGCCUCCGCUGCGGCCUCCGCUGCCGAGCAACCGGUACGUGCUCCGGCUCUUCAUCUCGCUCAAGUACGUGACGGCCAACGUGGUGGACCGCCGCCUGGGCCGCGUGGCGGCGACGGCGUCGUCGGUGGAGAAGCCGCUCAAGGAAGGGCUCGAGUGCGGGCGCACGGUGAACGCCAAGGCGGCCGCGGCGGUGGGCGAGGUCCUCGCCAUGCGCCUCCGCGUCGACGGCCUCGCCCGGGAGCCCAUCCACGCCGACGCCGCCAAGGAGGUGGCCAAGAAGGGGUUCAAGAACCAGACCAAGGUCUGGGCCAUCCUCAACGCCCUUCGCUCCCACGGCGUCAACCUCAUCAUCCACGAUAAUCCCAACGGCGGACGACCUUGAUCCCCUCCGAUCGUCUGAGUUCAUCUGGUGAAGGCAUUUUCUUAGUUGAUUCUUCAUGGCAAGCUCAACGCGAAAAUCACUCUCCGUUGAAAGCACAUUGCAUCUUUUUUAGUUUUACGACUACCAUGGUUGGCCGGGGGUUACUCCAUUCACUAGUAUCUGUAAAGAAGUUGAGAUGGAAUGGAUGAUCAAAGACAAACAUAAAGGUGCCUUCUUUAAAGCUCCAUGAUGAGCACUAUGUUCUUCAAAUCACAUAUUACAAUUAUCUGUAUUUAUGAAGAAAUUGAGAUGGAGGUUGCUCUUUUUUAAUCUGUUCAAUUACUUGACUAUUCUAAGGGAAUCUGAUGUUUAGAUACUAUAGCCUGUCAUUGAUCUAUUGUGCACGUGAAUUAAUGUUUUGAUUAAGGAGAAUCUCUAA